AUGCCGCCUCCUCCGCAUAUCAAGCCUGAGAAUGUUCUCAAGAGGGCCCAGGAACUUAUCGCCGUUGGUCAGGCCCCCGCCGCCUUGACCGUCCUUCACGAACAUGUCACCUCCAAGCGUACCCGCAGCAGCCCCAUCGCCUCGCUCGAGCCGGUGAUGCUCUUGUUCGUUGAACUGUCCGUCGACCUUCGCAAGGGCAAGGCUGCCAAGGAUGGUCUCUACCAGUACAAGAACAUCGCCCAGAACACCAAUGUCGGCACUAUCGAGAUCGUCCUCAAGAAGUUCAUCGAGCUCGCCGAACAGAAGGUCACCGAGGCUCAGGCCAAGGCCGACGAGAUCCAGUCGUCCCUCGAGUCCGCCGCCCCCUCCGCUAACGUUGAGGAUCUGGAAGCUAUUGAGACCCCCGAGACCAUUCUCCUCGCCACUGUCUCCGGUGAGCAGUCCCGCGACCGUACUGACCGCGCCGUUGUUACUCCUUGGUUGAAAUUCCUCUGGGAGACCUACCGCACCGUUCUCGAGAUCCUGAAGAACAACGCCCGUCUCGAGAUCAUGUACCAGUCGACUGCUCUGCAGGCCUUCAAGUUCUGCCAGAAGUACACCCGCAAGACCGAGUUCCGCCGUCUCUGUGAGCUGCUCCGCAACCACGUUCAGAACGCCGCCAAGUACUCCUCGCAGAUGCACGCUAUCAAUCUGAGCGAUGCCGACACCCUCCAGCGUCACCUAGACACGCGUUUCCAGCAGCUGAAUGUUGCCGUUGAGUUGGAACUCUGGCAGGAGGCUUUCCGCAGCAUUGAGGAUAUCCACACUUUGCUGAACCUGAGCAAGCGCCCCGCGAAGAACAUCAUGAUGGCCAACUACUACGAGAAACUUGCCCGCAUUUUCCUCGUCAGCGAGAACUACCUCUUCCACGCCGCCGCUUACAACCGUUACUACAACCUCCUCCGUCUUUCCUCUGCUGCCCUGGCCAGCGGCCAGAGCUCCAAGAAGGAGAACCCUUCGGUCACCGAGGCCGAAAUGACCAAGGCUGCCUCUUUCGUCUUCCUCUCCGCUCUGUCCAUUCCUGUUAUCAGCACAUCCCGCUCCCGCGGCGCUCUGGUUGAUGUGGAUGAGGCUCGCAAGAACAAGAACACCCGCCUCACCAACCUUCUCGGCAUGGCCACCUCCCCCACCCGUACCGUUCUGUUCCGCGACGCCCUUAACAAGGGCCUGCUCCGCCGCGUGCGCCCCGAGAUUCGCGAAUUGUACAACAUCCUGGAGGUCGACUUCCACCCUCUGUCGAUUUGCAAGAAGAUCACCCCCAUUCUAACCAAGAUCGGUGCUGAUCCCGAGAUGGAGAAGUACAUCGUGCCUUUGCAGCAGGUCAUUCUCACCCGUCUGUUCCAGCAGCUGUCCCAGGUUUACGAGUCCGUUGAGCUCAAGUUCGUCUACGAACUUGCCCAGUUCCCCGACCCCUUCCAGAUCACCCCCGCCAUGAUCGAAAAGUUCAUCAUGAACGGUUGCAAGAAGGGCGACCUCGCCAUUCGCGUUGACCACAUCUCGGGCGUCUUGACUUUCGACUCUGACAUCUUCUCUUCUUCCAAGGCCAUGCACGCUGGUAGCGGUGCUGGCUCCGCCGAGAGCGACGUGGGCUCCGUGCAGCGUCUGCAGCACACUCCCGCCGAGAUCGCCCGCUUCCAGGUUGCUCGUCUCGCCAAGACCCUCCACAUUUCCUGCAUGUACGUCGACCCCUCGUACAACGAGGCCCGCCUCCAGGCCAAGCAGACCGCCCAGGCCCGCGCCAUUGCUGGUGCCGCCCAGGAGCACGAGGAGACUUUGGCUCGCCGUGUUCUUAUCGACAAGAAGAAGGAAGCAGCCACCGAUGCUUUGCAGCGCAAGCAGCGUGAGGAGGAGACCCGCAAGCGUCAACGUGCCCACCAACUCCAGGAGGCCGAGAAGCAGCGUCUGGCUGAUGAGCAGCGUGACCGUGAGCUCAAGCGCAUCAAGGACGAACAGGAUCGCAUUCGCCAGGAGGAGCUCAAGAAGCAGAUUGAGGAGCUCAAGACUGGAGUCAAGGGUAUUGACAUCAGCGAGCUUGACCUCGAUGAGUUGGAUGCCAACCGCCUGCGUGCUAUGAAGUUAGCCCAGCUCGAGAAGGAGAAGAACGAGCUGAACGACCGCAUUCGUACAACCGCCAAGCGUAUCGAUCACUUGGAGCGUGCCUUCCGCCGCGAGGAGCUGAAGCACAUCUCCGACGACUACGAGGCCCAGAAGAAGGUGGAUCGGGAACUUUACGACAAGCAGAACGCCCUCGCUCUGCAGGAGUCCAAGGAGAAGCACGCCGAGGCUGUUGCCCUCAAGCACCGCCUGGGCCGUCUGGUUCCUCACUUCAGCAACUUCCGCAAGGAGGUUUCCGAGAAGCGCCACGAGGAAUUCGAGAAGCGUCGCAAGGCCGCCGAGCGCGAGUACGAGGCCAAGAAGAAGCAGCGUGUCAAGGAGGUGCAGGAGCGCCGCCGUCUCGAGAAGCAGCAGCGCGAGGAAGAGGAGCGCAAUCGCCUGGAGGAGGAGGAACGUGCCGCUCGCGAGGAGCAGGAGCGCAUUGCCCGCGAGGAGGAGCGCCGUCGUGUUAUGGCCGAAGAGAAGGCCAAGCGCGACGAGGAGCGAUCGUUCGUAAUCCCUGAGCCCAAAAUCACUUCAUAUUAUGGUACUAACCUUGCAAUUAGGAAAAUGGACGAGAUUGCUAUCAAGCAGCGACAGAGAGAGGAGGAAGCCGAAGCCCGGCUGGCAGCUCGCAAGGGAGGAUUCGGAGACAGCUCCGAGAGACCCCGCAUCAACAUCGCCCCUCGGACUGGUGCUCCUCCCUCCACCUGGAGAGAGCGUCAAGCCGCCAAGGAGGCUGGUGGUGCCCCCGCCGAGUCUGCUCCCACUCGCGAGGAGCCCGCGCCUGCCCGCAAGAUCGGUGGUGGCUACGUGCCUCCUCACUUGCGUGCCGGAGCCUCCGCCAGCUCUGGGUCCGCACCCCCUCCCCCUGCUCCCCGCGAGGCCCCCACUGAACGCUGGGCCCCUCGCGAGCCCCGCGAAUCCGCUCCCCGUGAGGCCCCCACCGAGCGCUGGGCUCCCCGUCAACCUCGCGAAUCUUCCUCUCAGUCCCCUGCGCCUUCUUCCAAGCCCGAGGAAUCCAAGCCCGCCGCUGGCGGCAAGUGGGUUCCCAAGUGGAAGCAGCAGCAGUAA